AGUCUGCAAGCUGAGUCCCAUUGAAGCGCCUUCUGCUUCUACUUCAUUUCCGUCUCUUCAAUUCGCAGUCGUCUGUUUUUUCUUCUCUACUUUUUCAUCCCUAGUUUCUUCUGCAUGGAAGACACUCUUUUCAUAAGCGAUUAUGAUGUUAACGAACAUGACCACGAUUGGCAGCCUGUGGACCGGCGCCCAUCUGAGCUCCACUCUUCUGCUGCUGAGCAGCUUUAUUUCGUUCCCUACAGGUGGUGGAAUGAGGCGCGGGAGUCUUUAUUUUGUGAGGUGGAGGGAAUUUUAUAUGCAGCCUUACCUUCUUGUAAGGAGAACAAAGAAAUUGAAAUUAGUAUGAGGAGACAAGUGGGUACGAGGACUGCAGGCGCGGAAGAAGGUGUCUCGGACAAUAGUUACGCUUUGCUUUCUGAAUGGAUGUUCUUGCGGGCGAAUAAGUGGCAUAAUGAUGCGAAGAGUGUUGGAAGCUUUGGAGAUUCCAAAGAGAAAAUGCUGGAUGAUUUGUUCUCUUUAAAAAUAAGGCUCUCUGUUUUGUGGGAUACAAAUUCCUUGCUUGUAAAGAUUUGUCACAAGGAAAAUGAAGUUUCAACCUUUAAUAAAGCCAGGAACAUUUUUUGUGCCAGGAAUAGCCAGUUAUUCAUUUGGGAUUUCUCUGCGCGUACAACUCAGUUUUUCACAAAUGGCACAGAUAAUUUCUCUGAUUCUUAUGUCUGGAAAGAUGAAGAGCUUCAUCUAGACCUGUUAGUUUAUGGAUAUUCAUAUGUCACAAAACUGAUUGAAGGAAGGAGUGAAGAGACAAGUGCAAAAGAGUCCAUGAUUGCGGAUGCCCCACUUAAUAUGGACACUGCGUAUUCUGUUAGCUCAUAUUGUGGAGUUAACUGUGGUGCCCCUUGCAUCUUCAACUCAGAAGCUCACAAUUUGGGGUUAGUUGGGUUGAAUAAUCUUGGUAAUACUUGUUUUAUGAACAGUGCUAUCCAGUGCCUGGCACACACUCCUGAGCUUGUCGAUUACUUCCUUGGUGACUUCAGAAAAGAUAUAAACACAACAAAUCCAUUGGGCAUGAGUGGUGAGCUUGCUUUUGCAUUUGGGAAUAUGUUAAGGAAGCUUUGGUCUCCAGAAGCAGUGACAGUUGAUCCAAAAACAUUUAAAUCUAUACUAGGACAAUUUGCACCACAAUUCAAUGGUUAUAACCAACAUGAUUCACAAGAGUUUCUUGCUUUUUUGUUGGAUGGACUCCAUGAAGAUCUAAAUCGCGUGAAGUGUAAGCCUUACAUAGAAGUGAAGGAUGAAGGCAUCUGUACUGAUGAUGAAGUAGCAGACGAACAUUGGCACAAUCAUUUAGCUCGCAAUGAUUCCAUAAUAGUUGCUGCCUGUCAAGGUCAAUACCGAUCAACAUUGGUUUGUCCAGCUUGCAAAAAAAAGUCCAUCACAUUUGAUCCCUUUAUGUAUCUUUCAUUACCACUUCCUUCCACAACCACAAGAACAAUGACCCUGACAGUUGUGAGUGAGGACCGUUUGCCAUUUCCAGUCACUGUUGUAGUACCAAAAUAUGGAGUAUUCAAGGAUCUUAUUCAAGUUGCUAAGGAAACUUGUCGAUUGAGAGAUGAUGAAACACUAUUAUUUGCAGAGAUAUAUAACAACAAAGUUCUUCAGUUUCUGGAAGACCCAUUUCAUUCAUUAGAGCUCGUCAGAGAUGAGGAUCAGCUUGUUGCUUACAUAUUACCUAAGGAUAACGAUACAUCCCCCUUGGUUGUAUUUAUGCAUAAAAGGGUGAACACGUUACCAUCGUCCACUCUACCCUUGCAGGGGUUUGGCAUCCCUCUUGUGGGAAGAGCUUCUGAUCUUUCCAGGGGAUCUGACAUACAUAAACUGUUUCUCAAAUUGGUGAAUCCCUUUCAAAUGCCAAUAGAAGACUUGUCUGAUGUUGAUGAUGGUAAUGAAGUCAAUGCUAGUGGAGAUGUUGAGAUAGAAGAUGUCAUCACUCCCAUAGAACCUGAUAAUGUCACUGAAGAUAGUGAAUGGAUGAAUGAGGAACAUUCAGGGCAUGAUUUCCAAUAUUAUUGGUCAGAAGAAAAGGGAUUUGUAGCAAGAGGACCUGGAAAACUGAUAAACAGGCAAUUACCAAUCUCAGAUUUGCCCAAAACAAUAAAUGUGAUAGUUUCUUGGCCAGAUGCGAUGACUGAACUGUAUGACACCGUCAUUCUUGACCAUUUACCUCAAAUCUGCAAACCUGGGAUCCUGACACAACCACCGCCUCAGGAAUCUAUUACACUGUACGAAUGUCUUGAAGCCUUUCUGAUGGAGGAGCCUCUAGGUCUUGACGACAUGUGGUACUGCCCCAACUGUAAAAAACGUCAACAGGCUAACAAAAAAUUGGACUUGUGGAGAUUACCCACAAUUUUAAUUAUCCAUUUGAAGAGGUUUCAUUUCACCCAGUAUUUCAAGAAUAAGUUAGAAACAUUUGUGGACUUUCCCAUUCAUAAUUUGGAUCUCUCCCGCUUCACUGUUCAUAAGAAUGGAGAUGGCUCCAAUUGUUAUGAGCUGUAUGCAGUUAGCAAUCACUAUGGAAGCAUGGGUGGUGGUCAUUAUACUGCAUAUGUUCAGCAUGGGCGUGGUAGGUGGUAUGACUUUGAUGAUAGAUAUGUGUCACCCAUGACUGAGGAUCAGACAAAGACGUCGUCUGCCUAUGUUCUUUUCUACAGACGAGUAUAGCUUUGACAUGAAUACACUGUAAAAAGGAGAUAUAAAAAAGCAGCAGGGCAAGUGUGCAAUACCUUCUUCUACAGUUUCAAAUGAUAAUUCAAAAAAUCUUUCUAGCAUCAUUGUCUAUGUAGACGGCAAAACACCAUAGAGAAAACAAGGUGUUCUGUCUUAAAUGUGAUAUUGGUUUUUUUUUUUUUAAAGACGGUUUGAUUCGUCAAACUCAUACUGAAUGGAAAAAAAAACAAAUUGUUUGAAGUGA